AUGAAGGGCUUUCGUUACUCUGUGAAAAAGGACAGAGAGAAGGAAGAGAGAAGGGAGACUCCCUCAAUUACUCCCAAAUCCGCCCUGGGAGCACCCCCCAAGAAAGUCAUCAAGGCCCUCUACGAUUACGAGCCGCAGAAUAAGAAUGGACAAGAGUUGGCAUUUCACAAGGGUGAUUUCUUUCACGUUUUGAGUCGCGAGGAAGACACCGAGUGGUACGAAGCUUGCAACCCUCUUGUGCCUGACGCCACCGGCCUGGUUCCCGUCGCCUUUUUCGAAGUCAUAGCCAAACAACAACGCCAAUCGGGCACCUCCUUAUCUUCUCCAGGAGAGAAACCCGACGGCCAUGAUUCUGGCUUUUCUGAGAAAGGCUCCACCAACUCCGGCCAUACCAGAUCGGAGUCUACAGCCACCACCAGGCCACCAGCCCACGCUCGAGGCCCAAGUAUGGGCGGAAAGACUGCUGGCGCCAUGGUGUACGGCGUCGUACAGUAUGACUUCAAUGCCGAGAGGGCGGAUGAAUUGGAUGCCAAAGCCGGAGAAUCAAUCAUCGUAGUCGCGCAGUCCAAUCCUGAGUGGUUUGUUGCGAAGCCAGUUUCGCGCCUGGGAGGCCCUGGAUUGAUCCCAGUGUCCUUUGUUGAUAUUAAGGAUGGCCUCACCAUGCAAUCGGUGGCAGACCCUCUGGAAGCAGUGCGCAAGGCUGGCGUACCAAGAGUGGAAGAGUGGAAGAAAUUUGCCGCCGAAUAUAAAAACAGUAGCAUCAGCCUGGGCAAGUUUGAUGGUGGACAACCCCCGAACCAGAUGACGGUGGAAAUGGCUCGGAUGAGCUUGCAGAAUGGCGGGUCACAGGCCUCUCUGGCCAGCAACAACUAUGAACCACCACAGCCGCUUCGACAGUCACAACAACAAUCGUCCAUGCCACUGGCGCCCAUCAGCGCACACGUUCCGAGGUAUUGUUUUGACAAUGAUAUGUAUUGGUAUAUCAUCGAAUGUCAGAUGGAGGAUGGGCGAUGGUGGGAGUUAUCACGAUAUUAUGCCGACUUUUAUGAUUUCCAAAUCGCCUUGCUGGAGAUGUUUCCAGAAGAAGCGGGCAACAAGGGCAAACCUCGGACUCUACCGUUUAUGCCAGGCCCCGUGGCUCACGUUACCGACGCUAUUUCCAAUGGUCGACGACAAAACCUAGACGAGUACAUGAAGAAGAUUGUCGGGAUGCCACCACACAUUUCUAAGAGCUUGUUGGUGAGAAACUUAUUCAAACCCAAGCCUGGUCAAGAUUUUGAGAUCGACCCAAACGCAUUAGGAGAGGAUUAUCGAUUAUCAGCAGGAUCACAACAAUCGAUGCAGCCAGUUUCACGAGUCUCUUCGAAUCAAAUAGGGGCAGGCAGCGCCUACGGAGGGAUGCCUCCAUCCGGUCGAAUGUCACAGCAACAACGGCAAGUGCCUUGGUCAGCAGGAGGUGGGAUGGAACGACCACCGUUUCUGCAUUCACAACCAAGCAACUUGACCCAGGCCUCAACCUCAUCGAGUAUGAAGGCAAGUAACAAUGGAGGCGGGGGCGCUGGGAUGAAGGUCAAGGUUUUUUUCCAAGACGACAUCAUUGCGAUCCGAGUUCCACAGGAGAUCUCCUUUGAAGCACUGAAAGAGAGACUGAUGGAACGACUAAAGGUCAACGAAAACAUCUUGGUACAGUACAAAGACGAACCGACGAAUAGUUUCAUUGACCUGGAAAACGACGACAAUCUAGACGUGGCCCUACAGCGGAACCCCAAACUCACGUUGUAUGUAGCAUUCAAUGUGGGUUGA